UAGGUUGAAAUUUGCCACAGUAACUUCAGGACUUGAAGGUUAAGCCUUGAUACUUACUUAUGAAUUGUACAUAAAUGACUUGAAACUACAACAGGGACGGUGCACCUACCUGAAAUGCCGCAACUCAACUCCUGGCUCUGUUCCUGCGACGAGGGCAUGGCGGACAUUUUAUAAAUAACGUGUUGCUGUGCUUCCUCCAGGUUCCAGUCGCUGGUGGGGGAGGAUAUGUUCUUUAAUGGCUCGAUUAAAUACUGCUCUUCCUCUGUCGUGAUGACGCCGUGCUUGUCACAAGGAAAAAGAGUAACAAAGCAAAAAAGUUAAAAACAGCUAAGUAUUUAACCAUGGUAUUCCUUAAAGUUGUUUGCAAAAGUCAUUUGUUGGCAUUGUACAGCAUUUUUUUUUAUUAGCCGAUUAUAUUGUUGAAAGGCACAAGAAACAAGUGUUAGCCAGUUAACUGAUGCAAAGCGAUAUUAUUGUUAUUGUUUUAUCAUAAAGUCGAAAUCAUUUAAAAGAACGAAGCAAAUAUGUGUAGUUAUUAGGCGGCUAACAGACACUUUUGCUUCUAAAGUCUUCAUCAUGGCUGUGACCAAUCAACCAGGCAGAUAUCCUGCCUCCGACUUCCAGACCGGCUUGUGCGACUUCUGCGACGAUUGUGGAACUUGCUGCUACGGCCUGUGGUGCUUCCCGUGCCUGAGCUGCACCAUCGCCAGCAACAUGGACGAGUGCUGCCUGUGCGGCCUGAGCAUGGCCAUCCGCAGCGUCUACCGGACCCGAUACAACAUCAACGGUUCCCUGUGUAGCGACUUCAUGACCAACAUGUGCUGCCUGGUGUGCGCCACCUGCCAGCUGAAGAGGGACAUCGACCGGAGAAAGGACCAAGGCAUCUUCUGAAAAGGAGCGCUUCGACGCGAACCCUCCUGACCCCGGGUUUAUCAUCUCUGAGAAGCAGUGGAUAUUGAUGAAUCAUCUAUACGAUUGAUAAUAUUGGUGGUAUUAAAAUAAAGGACCAAUUGUCUUCAAGGUGUACGAAAACAUGUUGGUUACGUGUAUAUGAAAAUACAUACUUUAGGUUUGUUGAAGACUAAAUUGUCUUU